AUGCACCAGCAGCCUCCGUCAUCGCAGACUUCGCAGCAUUCCCAGUACUCGCAGCAUUCCCAGGAGACGCCGACCGCACGCCCUGCGUUGCAGAAGCCAGCUCCGUUGGGUUUAUCAGGUGACACGAGUUCUUCAAGCCAACCCAAGACUUUAGCCUCUGAUCUCGCCGCUGAGGUGGCUGCUUCGCUGCCGCCUACAGAUGCUGCCACUUCUCGAGGUGGUAGUACUCAACAUGGCUUUGGAAACGCGGCCCCAUCUGCCGAUAGCGUGUUCAGCAGUGACAUCGACCGCAGUGCCUCUUCACAUUUUGGUGGAGGUGCGCAAGCUUCUGCAGAUGCCGUAUUUGGUGGGUAUUCACGGUCGGAUAACAACGUAGCGUGCCCCUUCGGACAGCAGUCAAGCGCACCAAGCGCUUCAUACGGCGGGACUCAGAGCUACAGCCAGUAUGCAUGUAACCCAAAAUGGGCUGAAAUCGCCACUACAGAGAUCAACUGCAUAAAAUAG